GUUGCGUGCCAUCCCUUGAAAACAAGGCAUGCGGCGCAGUCGGGCUCGAUGCCCUAAGUCCGCGUCUUGCUUGCCCUUUGCAAUAAUGCCGCCUGUCCGCCAGGCGAUGACACGCAAUCCGCACGAUCGCCGCUCGCGCUGGACUGAGUGUGUGGUCAAUCGGUUCACCGGCAAUGCAUGUGCCUGAGGGCAUGUCAGACUUCCACACACACAAGCAGCACCAUGGAUGCGUUCACGGCGACGCCGACAUACAUCUUGGCAUUUUGCACCACAGCAACCUUCUACGACAGUCAGUAAAUUCCGAGUCACCAUUCGUCAGCGAAGCAUCAGCCGACUGCCGGUUCAUGAGCGAUGCACAUCAUGCUGCUCCAUCUCACGCUAGGAGGUGCUAGCCAUAUGCCUGAGUACAUCCAAGGUCCAAUGCUUCUCGAACCAUCUCGGCCCGGAAGUUAGAGUUCACUGUUCCCUGCGCUCACCUUCGAUCCAGGGCGGUAGGGAGUUUCGAAAUGAUAUCCGAACAGGCCUGCAUCGCAGACUACAAAGAGCCGCCUGUCCACGCUUCUAGUCUACCAAAACACAACACACUCCGCAGAAAACAUGACGAACCCUAUUGACGAAAUCACGCAGCGCUGGGAGCGAGAUGUCCAGGAAAUCAAGACUGCCGUAGACAGAAUGAUCGAUGCAAUGAACAAGGACACUUUCACUCUCGACAACCCACAAGUCUAUGAAACGCAUGACAUCAAAGCCUUCCAGGCAACACAUCCGUUCUGGAGCUCACAGAAGGUCUUCACCUUCGACGGAUACAUCGAAGGAUACCACGCUUACAGGGGCCACUACACGGAGUAUUUCAUUCAAAUCACGGAAAACAUCGUGAACUACGUCGACGACACGCAUGCAGACUGCCAUAUCAAUUAUGAAGCCCACAAUGCACCCCCUGGUCUGAUCCGCCCUGGAGUUUGUGUGUUGACGUUUCACAAGAAGGAUGGCAAAUGGCUCUGCACUUCGCUUGCGACACUCAACGGCAUGGAGCCGGAUGACAGGUGUAGCAAGGGCGCAUUUUGCUUGUGAUGACGAAGCGUUGGAGGCUAUCAAUACAGCCGGGCUAUGGCACUUCGAACGUAUCAAUAUCAGCGCAACCCUUGGAUUUGAGUCGACGCCAAGCUUCAUUCUCCUUCUUUGACAGUCCACUCCAAAGGACAUGUCUUAUCAACGACUGUCAUCGUUCCGCGCCCCACCGGGCGCCGCAGCGGACAAUUUGUCAGCGGCAGAUAUUGCUUCCCUGGCCUCGCUCUUUGGCUGAACCAUCAGGCUGGAUUCGCGCAGCAUCCGAAGGAGGCUGGUCCUUAGUCGGUGAGGACGUGCAAUCGGAAAGCUGGUGGCCAGAUGCCAGAACAUGCACUUGCAAGCUCGAUGCUCGUGAUUGCUGCUCUUUCGCGCUCCACUGCCAGGACAUGGCCGUGAAUGCACUGAUAUUCAUCAGGGAUUUCAGAUUCGGAGUGUUUUCUGGCAGGGUUGUGCAUGAUUGCAACAAGUCCAGUAGCUACAACAUACAUCUGAUCACAAAAUGCCUCCCAUAGCCACUUCAUCCACAAAGCAAAGUAGGCAGUCUAGCCUUGGCGUCAGCUACCCGUCUUACCGAUUGCUCGCCAAGCAGCGUCGACAAAAUAACCCUAAGAAGCCGAGUGCCUAUCCAAAUCCACACGGCCGGUC